UGCAGCCGGCACUUGCAGGCCCUCCCAUACCCGCGGCGCCCAAACCUGUUCCUGUCGUGACGUAGAACAAGCGACAUCCACUUUCACCGGCCAGCCAGCCAAGCCAAACGCCCGCUGCCCACCCGCAUCGAUCGGCAUAUAACAACAUCUCGGCCGUCCCCGCACGCCAGCAGACCACCAUGUACUUCUACACCUCGUCAGUCCCGCGCGAACGCGAGAAGCGCUACUCAAAGUACAAAAAGGUGCUCUACAUGGAACCGCCCACCGACGGCUCCAUGACCCUGGAGCGCCGCAUCACCACCGUCAUCCCACCACCAGCAAGACCUCGGCCACGCACACCCUCUCCUCCGCCUCCUGUCCUCUAUCUCCCGCCGCCGCCGCCGCCGCCAGAGCCCGCGCCCGCGCCCGCUCCAGAACCACCAGUCGUCGUCCUCCCUCCGCCGCCGCCGCCACCGCCGCCGCCCGUGGUAAUCCCGGAGCCGCCCUCCGAGAUCAUCGUCGAGGACGACUCCCCGAUCGACGUCAUCGCCGUCGACGUCGAGCCCUCAGUGGCUUCCUCCAGAUCGUCCCGCAAGUCCAAGAAGAAGCACCACCACAAGCAUCACUCCCACCACCACUCCCGCAGCCGCAGCAAGGAGGUCUACAUCGAGCGCGAGCGCGAGCUCGUCCCGUAUCCCGUGCACGUCCCCGUCCCUGUACCCGUGCGGACAGAGCCCGAGUACGAGACUUUCCGCUACGUGGACGCGCCCCGGCGGCGGCACCAGGAGAGGGAGGAUCGCGAGAUUGUCAUCGAGGACCACCGCCACCGGCGGUAUAUCGACUACUAAGUCGCGCCUCGGAAGGGCGGAACGCCUAUCCUUCAUUCUUGUCAGUGGGCUUUUGUGACUUUGAGGGGGUCGUUUAACUUUUGAAAACUUUUUUUUUGGCUGCGAAAGUGCUUAUGCACCAACCGGUUGGCGAGCCGGGAAUUUCUCUAAGCGUGGUUGCAGUUGAGCAUUGUCUUUGG